GGAUUAUGGGAGUUGAAGUCCAAUUAUCUCUGGGGACCCAACGUUGAGAAUCCCUGGGCUACAUUCCUACUAACAGGAACACACAUGAACACAGGAAGCUGCCAUAUACUGAGUCAGACCAUUGGUCUAUCUAGCUCAGUAUUGUCUUCACAGACUGGCAGCAGCUUCUCCAAGCUUGCAGGCAGGAAUCUCUCUCAGCCCUCUCUUGGAGAUGCUGCCAGGGAGAGAACUUGAAACCUUCUGCUCUUCCCAGAACGGCUUCAUCCCCUGAGGGGAAUAUCUUCCAGUGCUCACACAUCAAGUCUCCCAUUCAGAUGCAACCAGGGCAGACCCUGCUUAGCUAUGGGGACUAGUCAUGCUUGCUACCACAAGACCAGCUCUCCUCUCCCCCUUCCAAGGAACUAAAGGGGACAGUAUGGAAAAGUGGUCAGGGUGUUGCCUCCAAGGGAAUAAUCACCUAGUUGCUAUUCUGCACUCUUUGUCUCUUGCAAGUGUUUUCCCUAAUUGCUCAAGUGCUACAGUAGCUUAGCAAAAAGGUUGCACUGUGAUAUAAAGCACAACACUUGACCUCAAGGAAAAAACAUAGCUGGUGAAGCUCAGUUGGAGGCAUUCCCAAUCUCAGAAGUCUGUCAGUUCAAUGUGGUAAGUAAAAUCAAACCCUGGGACAGAACGCUUGCCUACCAAGAAGGUGAGUAGUACUAGUUAGUGUCCUCCUUGACUUGCUAUGGAAGAGGCCAAUAUGUUCUGAGGAGGAGAUCGUUGACUGUAUUUUCCUGUGGUGUGUACUUGUGCCUGAAAAAAGGUAUUGCAUUCUCUGUACGUUAUAGGGUGCAUGUCCCAUUCCGUCUAACUAAUAUGUAACAGUCCUUGGGGGAAACAAGCUGAUUUACAAUUUAACCGUCUGAGGUUAUGUAAAUAUCUUUGCAGAUUCAAUAAUGGUGGCUUUCCUUGUACAGAAGAGCAAAAAAAGGCCUCAAGUUACUGCUGGACAGCAAGGAUUCUUACAUGGCAACAUCGGCUUUCAAAAAAGCAUACUGAGCUUUGCUGUACCAGAAUAAGACAAGUGGGUGGAAGAGGGAGACAGGAAGAGGCACCUUGAGAUGAAGAGGAGUUACAAAGCAUUGCAGCUGCUGCCUGCUGAAUAACCUGCUAAAGUUCAACGGAAACAGAAGUGUUUGUUCUGACUGGAGCUUUGAAGAGAACCCCCGCUUCUCCUUGAGCAGAAUCUGGAAGAUGGCCGCUUCUGACAAAGAGAUUUCAGCAGAGUUGUAUGAUAGCAUCAUCGAUUUCCUAGGAACACAUGAUGUUGUCCUACGGGCUGCUCAACUCCACCUCAAAUCCAAAGUUGAAGAUGUUGUUUUGGUAUUGAUGCCCUGGCGUGUGCUUGUGCUGAUGGCAAAGGUCCCAGUCAAGCUUCAAGUAAGCUUCAGCUUCUUAGCAGUGCAUACUAUCAGGAUAAGAGAAACUACCCAGGUUAUCAUUGAAACAGAUGCAUCUGCCUAUGAAUUCACAUUCUUGUCACUGGAUGAUUUGGAGUAUGUGGUGAUCCAUGUGGUCAUGUCUCUUAAGAAAGUCUUCCCAGACACUUCAGUUGGAACUCUGCUCCAGAAUGCAUCUCCCAACUUCGCUGAAAAAAUUCAAGGGAUAACCAAUGCCUUGGAAGAAGUGCUAAAGGGAAGCCAAGCCCCAUGUGUGGCCAACCAGAUGGGAAUCCUACAAGGAGGAGAUGAAAGCAUGCCUCUCCCUCAUUUUUGCUCCCCUGCAACUGCUCUUCAGAGGUCUACUACCCCUAACCCUAGAGGUGGCUUUUCGGAGACAUACGCAGCUCUCUGUGAUUACCGGGGCCUUCCUUUCCGAGAGGAGAUCCAGUGGGAUGUGGAUAAUAUUUAUCACAACCAGCGAUGCAAGGAAUUCAACCUGCUGGAUUUCAGCUACCUGCACAGUCAGGAUGUGGCUUUGUGUGUGACUACCUUAUCAUAUAACCAGUGGUUCACAAGGCUCUGUUGCAAAGACUACAAACUGAAUCCAGAUGUUCUGGAGCAGAUCCUCCAUGUGCUCAGCAAGUCAGUGAUUCUGGAAGAGCUGGUGUUGGAAAACUGUGGCUUGAAAUUUGAUUUUGCUCAGCAGAUGGCCCAGGUACUCAGUGAUCAUCCAGACUCUACCUUAAGCACAAUUAAUCUCUCUGGAAACCAACUGGAGGACCGAGGCAUCAUCGCUUUGAGCCAGAGCUUUGAAAAGCACUCAAAGAAACUUGAAAGCCUGAACUUUGCUAGGACCUCUUUGUCUCUAAAAGGAGCAACAGCCCUUUGCAAAUCUCUAGUCUGCAAUGGACUCUUCAAAACCUCUCUGUGCCACCUGGACCUCUCAGGAAAUCCAGGAACUCUGGCCACCGAAGAUGCAAGUGGCUUGUUGUCUUUCCUGAGUCAGCCAAAUGCUUUAGGUCACCUUGACCUAUCUGGGACGGACUGUGCUUUGGAUGUGGUCUUUGGAGCAUUGGCCAACGGAUGCUGUGGGAAACUUGUCCAUCUGAACCUCUCAAAGAACAUUUACUCUCGCAAAAAGAACAGAGAUUUUCCUUUUGCUAUCUGCAAGUUCUUCAGCAAAGCCUCUGUCCUCCAACAUAUUUCACUGGCAGGAACCAAACUACCACCAGAGGCUUUGAGAGCCGUGCUGCAGGGUUUGGCAUACAACACCCAACUCAGUGAUUUGCACCUGGACAUCAGCAGCUGUGAGCUGAAAUCGGCAGGUGCCCAGGUGAUCCAGGAUCUGGUUUCAGAUGCCAGCUCGAUCGGUGAUUUGAACUUGUCAGACAAUGGCUUUGAUUCCGAUAUGGUGACGCUGGUGCUAGCCAUCAGCAGAAGCAGAUCCAUCAGGCGCGUUGCACUAGGGAGGAAUUUUGAUAUCCGAUCCAGGGAGACGCUUGUCGAUAUUUUGCACCGAAUUGUUCAACUGACUCAAGAUGAUGACUGUCCUGUUGAAUCCCUGUCCGUGGUAGAAUCCCGCCUGAAGCUGGGAACUGGCAUCCUUCUAGACAGCCUGGGAAGCCCCAGCAGUCGUCUGGUGAUGCUCGAUAUCAGCGGCAAUGCCAUGGGAGACUUGGGAGCCAAGAUACUGGCAAAAGCUUUGUCAGUCAACACAACACUCAGGACUUUAAUUUGGGACAGGAACAACACGACGGUGUGUGGAUUCCUAGACAUGGCUUGUGCCUUGGAAAGGAAUUUCACCCUAAAGACCAUGCCGUUGCCAGUGACUGAUGUGUCUCAAGCUUACCGAAGUAAUCCAGAGAAAAUGGAGGAGAUUGUGCACAAGAUGCAGUCAUAUCUCAUGAGGAACCAGAAGCAAGAGAUCCUGCCAAGGGAGAGGUUCCAGUUACAGCCAGACACUACAACAGGCUCUUCUGAAGAGGCAGUAAAGGAUAUGUGCCAGUCCAUGCAGAAGUACAUAGAGGUGCUGAGCUCUGUCCAAGAUGUGGAGGUCAAAGCAGACAUCCAUCAGGCAGAGGAAGCCAUUAAAGAUGCAGUCCUUUCCAUCAGUAUUUUGCCCUUUUUGUGUGAGACAGGAAGUACUCCAUACCAGAAUGGCAAACUGCAGCACACUCUGCAAAGCCUUAUAGAGGAAGUUUCUCGGACCUGCAGCAGGGAGAUCCAGGCCAUCCUGGAGGACACGCUGGAUACUGCACAGAGUUUAUGCCCCCAAAUCUUUCAGAAAAGCGGAUUUCGGGACUACCUGGUCCACAACGUGUCCAAAAAGGUCCUCCUGGACCACUUGCUCCCUGAGGUGUAUGGCAAGCUCAUGGGGAUCCAGUUGUCAGUCACUGAAGCAGUGGCCGGUGGUAUCAUUGACAAGACUUUGGAGGAGUUGAGCACCAUUCAGAGCAAACUGGCAAGAAACUUCCCCAAACCGACUGAGGAGCUGCAGGUGGCAAAUGACGAUUGGUGUGCUUUGCAACAGAGGUGUGGAAGCUUGAAAGGUGUUGCUGAAGAAGAGGAGGGUUUCCAGAAUGAGGAUGUGUCCGUUUUUCAGAAUGAGGAGUCUGAGACGACUGGACAAUGGAAGCACAUCUGUUCGCUGAGCAUUCUGCCAACACCUGACAUAAAUGGUCUAUCGGAGGAACUCGGUCUGAAGGUAGCAGCGGCAGAUAACAAGAUUGGGACUCCCCGGGCUGUGCUGUCACUCAGCUGUGCCUCCGCGAAGAAGUCACGCCCUGCCUCCACAAAGGAUGCUGAGGCUGGGAGCAGGCGGCUUCCUUGCACAGAGUCUGCAUCCGCACAAUCCCUUAUGGACCUGCCGGCUGCGGGAGAGAAAUUGGAGCAUUUCACCCGAGACAGGCCCAGGCCCAACCGCAGGAACAGGCAGCCCCCCAGCAAGCCCAAUGUGCAGCCACCUGUACGUGAGAAUGAUGAAGACAGAAGUAUCGCUAGGCUGGAUGAAGGGCUAGAUGAGUUUUUCACAAGGAAGGUGAUUCACGAGCACUUGCUCCCUGUUCCACUGGAAGAUCCCCCCGCAGUGGCCACACCAAUAUCCUCCGGCUCUCGGACCUUCAAAAAGAAAAUAGGACACUUCUUUGCCUUCAAGAAGCCAAAGUCGACCCGGAGUGCCAGGCCAGAGAAAGAGCCCGAGGGUAGUCCAUUAGCAGCAAGGGGCAGGAAGCUGAUGCUCAGUGACAUUUUAAGAGCCCCCAGCAAAGCCAGUGAGUCAACGAAAGCACUAAGCAAGUCUGAGGAAGGAGGGCUGGCUGUGGAGAGCAGAGGCCACCUGGAGCAAAGCCAGACUCCAGACAGUGCUCGCAGGGCCAGGCCCAAAUAUUCCAGGGAGGGAAAGUCUCAGUCCCUGAUCCUCCUGUCAGGGGAAGAUGAAGAGACACUUGGUGUGAGACAUGAAAAGAAGAGGCCUUUUGAGAAGAGCGAUGGUGAGCUGCCCAGCUCAUUUGAGCAGCGUGUCCAUGUCAUGCUCCAUAGAAUUGGUGUCACCAAGGUUUUGUCCUCCGAAGGCAAAAAGAAGCAGAACAAAGAUGGGGAGAUCAAGAAAGCUGGUUCUGAUGGAGACAUUGUGGACAGUUCGGCAGAGUCUCCUCCUUGCUCCUUGAAACCCCGCACACACUCCAUGUCCACAGAUCCUACUGUGCGAAUAGGUCCUGCUGAUGCAUAUGGCAGACCAAGUACAGAUCCAAGUAGUGGAGCCGGCGAGGGGAGAUUGUCCUGGAAGGCUCUUGGGAAGCAACUGAAUGUAGAGCUCAAGGGCAAGUGUUCAGAACUCAGCUCUUCCCCAAGAAGAGCUUUUGUGGUUCAGGAGCCGGCCAGCCCCAGAGAGCAGAAAAGCAGAGAGAGCUGGAGCAGCAGUUUGCCCAGGAUCAGGAGAAGCACAGCAGGCCCAGCUCCCGUCAGGAGAACCAGCAAUGCUGAAGAAGUAUGGGCAUUCUCCGAACUACAGAAUUCACAUGCUGAUGUAAACACGAUUGCUGGAGACAAUCAACUCAAACCUAAACCUCGUCUGAAGCCUGUAGCCAACCGGAGGGCCAUGUCUGUUCAUGAAGAGCAGCUCAGGGACCAGGCUUGUGCGGUUGAGCUGCACCAUAUGAAAAUCCCUCUUUGUCUGCAGCGAUCCCCUAUCCUGAAGUGGAAGAUUAAGCCCAGGCCCCUGUUGGAACCUGAGAUGCCUGCACCAUCUGACUCCCCCGGUACUCCACGCCAGGCAAAGAACACAGCAGCCACAGAGUCAAAGCCAAGAGCAGAAACAGCAGAAGAGUUGCAACAAGCUCUGGAACAAACUCUAGAGAAUACACAAAAUACAGCCCUAGACCAAAGAACUGCUGUGCUGCUCCCCAAGUCACCAAUGCAAGAGCACUAAGUCAGUCGCUGGGGCUUCUUCUGCAUGAUGGCAGCUCAAACAAAUGAGCACGGAAUGAAGGCGUAGACCUGGAGAAGCAGCACAGCCCGCUGCAAGGGUGCAAGCAACUCAGCCGAGGACCAAGCAUGCCCCAAGGGGGCGUCUAAACCCUUGCACGACUUCUGGGCUGUCCCCCUUUCACUCUUGUAUACGCUCAUGUAAGUGCCCAGUGUUCCGAUGGCUUAAGCAGGAAAAGCCAAAAGCAGAGUAUCCAGUUUGUACAGAAGGGAGCUGGUGCAGGUGCUCAAAUGUACAGUGCCAGAAACUAAGAACUACCAGCAGGAGGGUGGGGGGGUUAUUUUGCAUACACUAAAUUUGCCUGCCUUGCACUGUAUGUUUUGGGAGAGUGUUGUGGUUUGUGGAGAAGGCUAAAGGCAUGGAUGCAGCUGAGUUUCAAAAGUCAAGCUGGUCUGUCUCAUGUUGACAAUCUUACUGCUUCCUUCAAGCUGAAGCAUACCUAUUCCCAGGUCCUUCUUUCUCUGGCCACACAUAUUGCCACAAUUCCAGGCAAACAUCCACUGGCACCAGCAGGGUGUUUGGCAUGAAUAAGGCAGGAGAGUGUGUGGUCAGCUUUCAGCAAGUUAGAACCAAUAAAAGGAGCCUUGGGCCUUCCUUCCCACAAUUAAAUAAGAAUAAUAAUAUAAAUUGUUCCUGUUUCAUUUAUUGUGAUAUUAAGACUGUCAUCUUUGCUUCCAUGGUGUCUACAAGAUCCAGCAGUGCCUUGCUGUUAGGGGAAGGUGGGGAGGAAGAAGUGAAGGUGCUUAAGCACCUGGGGAAGUUCUGAGUCGAGUGUGUGUGUCAUGCUAAGCAAGAUGCUUCUCUUCAAAUCUAUAGCCACUAGACUGUGACCAAAUGUUCAUUUCAAUUGGAACAGCUCAUUCUAAUUCAUUUACUUUGAAGGGCCUGCAAGAUCUCAUUUUUAACAAUUUACUUUCUGUCCUGCCUGGAGCUCCUAAGAGAGGAUAACCCAUGCGAUGGCCCUGGCCUCAGCAACUGAGAACCUGCAAUUGACUAAUGUCAUUAAGCACAGUUAUGCUCUGCAUACAUGUUGUAAAAGAUGUACAGUCAUCAAAUGUGGUGGUCUAUGUAUAUGCUUUUAACUCUGGUUUCCUAUACUAAAGUGCUUUGAGUGUAGGAAAUUCCUACUAGAUGAAGGCAGCUCUCAGUGAGCCUCAGUUACUUCUGUUCAGGGAACCAGAAACACAGCAGGUGACUCUUGUGCUGAAGGAGGCUCUGCCACAGCAUGGGAUACCCACAACCAGGGUAGAGCAUGCAGAAACCUCUCUCACAGCACCAUUUUAGGCUCACUAGUAAUGCAGAACUGCAGCUGGGAAACAAUUUCUGCAUGCAGAGGACAAUCUGGCAUAAUACAACUGCCAAACUCCUACAGACCUUAACAAAUGUACCCAAACACAGAGGGAAUCCAGCUCUCAAUGUACUAUCCUUGGGUGUCUGCCACUGAUGACAGGUGACUACUGCAUGUAUAUUUAAGAAGUAUCCUAGCACAAAUAGCUGGUUUUCUUCACAUUAAGAGCAUGAUUAUUUUUUUAGGCAAAUAAUCAAUUUUUCUCCCCCCCUCCCAACUGCCAAACCACAUCUUGAGUUACUGUGCUCAACUUGGGGGCGGGGGAGUAUGCACAGGUAUAUUUUCUAUAAGAGCUGUGUUUUUCUAAUUUAUUUUAAUCUCCAAGAAAUUGAUGCAUGUAAGCUAUAUGAAAUAUUUUGUAAUUAAAGUUAGCAAGAUGAUCAAAACCA